UAUCUCCCACUUGAAUUACAACCUGUUCUUGACUGGUUUGUCAUGUAUUUUAAUUUUUAUUUAACGUUCAGGUUUAUUACAAAUUAUACUGGCCGUUUGCGUAUGGAUGGUAUGCGAAACCAACCGAGGUUUGAUCCAGCAAUCUGGAGCGUGCAUAGAAGGGUACUUGAAAUGGGGGAUAGAACUAAUAAUUACGCAGAAGCUGCACAUAAAAAACUCCAACGGGCAUUCAGUUGUUCGCAUCCAAAUAUAUGGAGAUUCAUCGAUACAUUACGAAAAGAACAGAAGUUGAUUGACGCGGAUUAUGCCAUGUGUCAACAGGGAAUGGAACCUCCACCUAAACGAAGAAAGUAUCGUGAUGCCGAUAGAAGAAUUCAUGCGUUGGUCCAAACGUAUCAGGCCGCAAAUCCAAAUUUUGAUCACAAUUAUCAAUUUCCAGUUGCUUAUCCUAUUCACCCAAUUAUUGAUUUUUUAAGAGGUGUUUCUCAUAACUAUAAUAUGGAUCCUUGA